AUGGCCUCCACAGGUAUCGAACCGUUUCCCCCGCUGAACGGCGGACAAAGCGCUACACUCGCGGAGAACCAGAAAGCACCUCGGAAGUCCCGGGGAAGGAAUUCUAGUCAACUGGGAGGAGAAUUGCCCGGAGACAGCGGUGUAGCGGCGCUAGCUACGAUGGGAUCUCCUCCUGUGACACCAACCGAGAUAUCACGACCCUCCGAGAAAUCCGGCCGCCGUUCAAAACGCCGCACAUUCAGACGCAUUCUGUCCAAGUGUAAACGCACCUGUCUCCGUCAUACCUGGGUCCUACCGCUCGUGCUCGCCCUCACAAUCAUAUUGCUCUACCUCGUCAACCCCGUUCCUUCGAACCCCAUUGCCGCCUGUCUCUUCCUCAGCUAUCCUAUCCCUAAUGCGCCUGGGUCGGAUGCCCCCGUCCAGUAUGGCAAAGGGGCACGCGACUUCGCUUUUGUGGCCUUCUACACUAUCGUCCUAUCGUUUACACGAGAGUUCACCAUGCAACGCAUCAUAAAGCCAAUCGCUCUCUGGUAUGGGAUUAAGUCUCGCGCGAAGCAGGCGCGGUUCAUGGAGCAGUUCUAUACCGCCUUGUACUUUGGGAUAAUGGGCCCUUUUGGCGUUUGGGUAAUGUCUCGUAGUCCUAUUUGGUUCUUCAACACGACCGCCAUGUACGAAGGCUUCCCGCAUAGAACGCAUGAGGCCGUAUUCAAGGCCUACUAUCUUCUGCAAGCCAGCUAUUGGGCCCAGCAAAUGAUCGUGCUCCUGUUGAUGCUAGAAGCGCCGAGGAAGGAUUUCAAGGAAUUGGUUAUGCACCAUUUCAUCACUUUGGCCUUGAUUUGGUGCAGUUACAGGUUCCACUUCACUUAUAUGGGACUUGCUGUGUACAUCACCAUGGACAUCUCGGAUUUCUUCCUGGCAACUUCGAAAGUGUUCAAUUACGUUGACUACUGGUUCGUCCCUUACUAUUUCGCCUUUUUCAUGGGCGUUUGGUUCUACCUCCGCCACUGGAUCAACCUCCGAAUCCUUUACUCGAUUCUUACAGAAUUUGCGACCGUGGGUCCCUUCGAGCUCAACUGGGAAACCCAACAGUACAAAUGCUGGAUCUCCCAAUAUAUCACGUUCGCCCUCCUGGCUGCCCUGCAGGCGGUCAACCUCUUCUGGUGGUUCUACAUCUGCAGAAUCGCAUACCGUAUGGUUGUUUGGAACAUUCAAGAAGACGACAGGAGCGAGUACGAAGAAUCUGAAGACGAGGGUGACGGCAAAGAAACGAAGAAACAGAAGGCAAAUGGGAUUCCUGCGGUUAACGGUACACCCAAGGUGCUGGUCAAUGGAGAGGAGCCCACGUACGCCGAGAUGGUAGCCGGGCAACCAAACGAGAAAACUGGCCCGAAUCUGCGAGACCGGAGGACGAAGAACAAGAGAUGA